UAUAAGGUCGGCCAGGGCCGGCGAGCCGCACUCUACCGCGCUCCAGAGAAAGGAAAAAGCGCGUUGGAAGGGUUUGUCGUCGUUGUCGCCGUAGCUAUCUUAGGAGGGGUUAGGUUUCAGUACCCAAAAUUACCACUUCAAAAUUCCAUGAACUGGAACAACGGGGCCGUCAAUAUGAGGUUUCUGAAACUGGAUCCGGAUUUGUGGUCACAACAUUGGCAGAUGGAAGGGUCAUUCAGGGGAACAAGUAUGAGGCUAGGGUUAGGUUGUAGCAAGAAACGCCAUCUUCAACAAAGAUGGAAGGACACCAUCCAGAAAACAGCAUUGGGUGAUUCUAACAACCAGCCAUACGCCACCCUGAAAACAAGAGGUGUCUACAGCAAGAACCAGCCACAAUUUCCAUCAGCCAAGCAGCGAAGAACAAGCUGGAUGACUCCUUCACGCACCGGGUGUGACCACUUUGAAUUCCGGACCAGCGGAAACACCUCCUGGAGGGCGAUGACGCAUCAAGUACAAGUGUAAGGGCUCCGAGGACCUCAACCAGCCAUCAUAAAUCCAAGGUGUGACAUUGGAUUGCUUGUCUUUGGGAUACGGAACCUUAUAACUGCACCUGCAUGACGAGUCUCUCCUGGAUAUGUGACUCCACAGGGCCUCAUAUAUCAGACCACAAGGCCGAACCUGCACUAAAUGUCCAAAGUGCGAUAGUGGAUAGCAGGUUAUGGACUAGAGACGAGUAUAUUUGACCCAGAGCGUGCCAUUAAGAGCCUACAGUCUUCAGGUCUCCGAGGAUGAGCAACGAGUCAUACGGUCGAGCUCUCUAGGGCCCAAACAGUUGCCAAGAUGUGACUUUGGCACGGGCCUUGACGGCACGGACGUGACCCACGCUCUGAGGCGGAGGCUCACGGCUGCUGGUUGCUCAGCACCACCAGGCACACGUUGAUCUGGUGAUCGAAGGGUCACACUUGAAAAUAUCUACCAGUGCGUGUGAAGAGAAUGGUAAAAAAAAUUCCAUUCGUCUCAGUCUUCACAACAGAUUAUCAGAGCGUUUGAAUACAAAGACUAGAAAAAAAAAAACGCUCCAUUCGUCUCAGAAGUCUUCACAAAGAUUAAUCAAAGCUACAUAGCUAAAUGAUAUCCCAAAACGACUAAUGAUGAUGGCUGACUUCAGUAGUAUUCCUUAAGUAAUGAAAACACUUUGUCUGAAUUUAUGAAGAUGACUUAUCAUAUGCUUCGAAAUGGAUAUGUACGCGAUACCAAAUAUUACUUUAAUAUAUGUAAAAAUCCAACAAAAA